UUAUUAUUGAAAAUAAAAUGUGAAUCUCUGUGUGUUUUGUGAAAUGUAACUAUUCAUGUCCGUUUCUUGUGCCCACAAAUGUUUUUUUUCGGUUUUAGUUCUACAAACUAUUUUUACAGCUAUCUAAAAUGGACAGAUUUGAAUACAUAGAUGCUAGAUUAUUUGAUGGCGAAGAAUAUCUUAAACGUGACAAAAAUGUUAAAAUAUACGAUGGUGAUGAUAAGACUCAAUUCGUUGAUGGAGAAGUAGUGCUCACAAGCCAUAGAAUUCUUUGGGGCAAGCCAGGGGACAUACCAAAAGGAAAUGUAUGCCUUUCGCUAUAUUUGUAUUAUGUUUUUUGUAUGGAAGAAGAGAGUGGUGGAGUUUUUGGUUUGGGUGGUCCAAAGAGAAUUAUAUUACACUUAGGUCCUCCUCUUCCAGGUAAACGACCAGGCCCUGCUGUUGUAAGCUUAUACCAUUAUAUAAAACUAUCAUUCAAAGACGGUAUUGAUGCAUCCUUUUACAAAGCAUUGAGCGAUGCUGUAGCAAGUAAAGCAUGGGAGAGACCAGUACAGACUACCUCUCCAACUACACAUACACCAAAUGCUUCUCCCAGACCAUCUGCAAAGCCUAUAAAUUCAAAAAUUCGUUCAGGGAUUGUUGGUAUAGAAAGGUCUAUAGAAGAGCAGCAUAGAGCAACAGAUGCAAGUAUUAAUGUAGCCUUUCAGGACCUCACCAAACUUAUGGAGAAGGCAAAAGAAAUGGUGUCUAUAUCAAAAAAUAUUUCUAAUAAAAUUAGGGAAAAGCAAGGAGAUAUAUCAGAGGAUGACACUGUCAGAUUCAAAUCCUACCUCAUGAGUUUGGGUAUAGAUGACCCUGUUACCAGAGAUGCAUUUAGGUCAGACUCGGACUACUACAUGGGCCUGGCUCAACAAAUUUCUGAUAUGAUGGUGGCUGUUCUUAUGGAUUGCGGUGGAAUAAUGUCUUUAGCUGAUGUAUGGUGUCGAGUAAACAGAGCAAGAGGUUUAGAACUCGUGUCACCUGAAGAUUUGCUUAAUGCUUGCAAGUUGUUACAAGCAAUCGGUGCCCCGAUGUCCUUGCGCAAGUUCCCGAGCGGCGCCUGCGUGCUUCAGCUGAACAGUCACCAAGAUGAAGAAGUAGCUAAAUCUACUAGAGAACUGCUUGAAGAAGUUGGGAACCUAACUCCAGAAAAGCUGUCUCAGCUAGAAAAUGUUUCCGUCCUACUCGCACGCGAGCGCCUGUUCACAACGGAGCGCCUCGGCCUCGCCUGCCGAGACGAGUCCAUUGAAGGACUUGCUUUCUAUCCCAACCGAUUUCUUGAGAAUGUAACGUAACUUAUUAAUGCUAUUUUUGUAUAUAAUAUAUUGAAAUAAAUAUUUAUUAAGACA